ACAGAGAGACAGAGAGACAGGAUCAGUCACUUUUCUCCUCUCUUUCAACAGGAUCACUGGAUUUCACCUGAACCCGACACAGGAGGGACCACCUCGGUGUCCUCGUGAGUUCUCACAAAGUAGAUGCACACGUCCACCGACAGAGAAAUGGCCAUACCCCGGAUGUUUGACUCCAACACGCCGUUCAUCAUUGUGACCGGAGGAUCUGAAAUCUCGUUUCUGGGCAAAGAGGACAGCGGCCAAGGUUGUGAGGAGGAGAAGGACUCGCUGGUCCAAGCCAUCGCCCCCCAUCUGAGUCGAGUGAUGCAGCACGGCACCGCAAAACACGUGGUCACAGAGGGACAUGAGGUGUCUGAGGAGAGUCCCUGUGUCUCCAUAGUCGCACAGGCUGAGAGAGAAGACUUCCAGGAGUUCAGUCCUACCAGCACACAGGGCCCCUACUCCAGAUCCCAGCUGCUCAAAAAGCUCAGGUCUCUCAGCAGGGGAUCCGUCCUCCUGAGUGACACAGAGGACGAGGACUUUGACUUGGACAAGCUCCCAAACUACCACCUGCAGAGGAAACAGCGCAGGAAAACCAGAACAAGACAGAGCCAGGAGGGAGGAGAGGAACCUCCUAUUAUCCGCGGUCUGUGGGUGCAGGAGAUCGACUGGCUGCGAUCAGCUGAUGGAGAGACGAGGUCGUCCGCUGAGAUCCUCCCGCCUCCUCCUCAGUUCACGGACUCUCAGGUCUCAUGUCUCUGCAGCCAUGGAGACCUGGACUCCUGCAUAUACGCUGAAGGCUGCAGCUGUGCAGAUGUUUGUGAAUGUGUGAGAGGAUUAGGGGAAGUGUCUCUGUCAGAGGACCAGUUCAGAUCAACAGAGGACACGUCCAGCUCUGACGACAGAGGAGGCUCAGACUCUGACUGUGGUCUGGAGCAGGACUCUGAGUCUGUCUGCACUCAUGAAAGUGACUCAGACUCAUCCUGCUGUGCAGAGGACCACGUGUCAGAUUUGACCUUUGACCUCAUGCACGUGUCUGGGUUCAGCUCCCGUCAUGGUGAAUGGGAUUCUUACUCUGCAGGGUGUGUGCAAAGCAUGCUGGGACUUUCAGACUCCACAUACACCCCCGACGCUGUGAAUACAUCCCAGGGUGCCUUUGGUUUUGAUGACAGUGAUAUUGACAGAGUUUUGGAUGAACUGAGAGGCAGAGUGACGCAGACGCCGAAGCUGUUUGUGUCUCCUUUCUUCAAAGAUUUGAUAAGACAGACUCCGAGUCACCAGAAACACAACGUACCUGUCAACGAAGGACUCAUAUUUCAUCAUCAACUGCAGUCCAGCAGUUCUCAGUACAGGGAGGGAGAGGAGUACAGCAUUGUUCACCACAUCCAGAACGGCUCGUACGGUGAUGUGUUCUGUGUCCGGGACAAAAGGACUGGAUUCGAAUGUGCUGCCAAGAGGAUUCCUCUGAGUCACUUCAGCAGCGAGGAGGUGAGCACGUGGAGCGCUCUGAACUCUCCUCGAGUCGUGGAGCUGUUUGGGGCUGUGAGGGAGGGACUGAACGUCGUGCUCUUCAUGGACUUGAAGCCAGCUUGUUUGGCUCAGCUCCUGAGAGAGAUGAACUCCCUGCCUGAGGAUCUGGCCCUGCACUACCUUCAUCAGUCACUGGGGGCGCUAGAACACCUGCACCACAGAAAGGUCCUUCACCUGGAUGUCAAAGUUGACAAUGUGCUGCUGUCUGCGGACUGCAGAGACACAUUCCUCUGUGACUUUGGUCUCUCAGAGACAUUAGAUGACAGUGGAUGGAGCACCAAGGCGUUCAGGGGAGCUGCCUUCCCGGGCACAGAGACCCACAUGGCCCCGGAGGUCGCUCGAGGGGAUCGACUCUGUGCCAAAGCAGAUGUGUGGAGCAGCUGUUGUAUGCUACUGCACAUGCUCAACGGAUGCCCCCCGUGGACACGUUACUAUUCCCACCCACUGUGUCUCCAGAUUGUCAAUGAGCCUCCUCCUCUGUGGGAGGUGCCGUCCAACUGCAACAACUUCACGGCCAAAGUGUUCAGGGCCGGACUCCAGAAGGAUCCCGAUAGACGAGCAUCUGCAAAGGAGCUCAGGAGGAAAACCACCAAGGCUCUCAGAGCAGUGGGAGGCCUGAAUCCCUGGUCCGUCAAAACCGCCUGUGAGAGUCUGAAUCGUGGCAAGAACCAGAAUGAGGACACCCCCUGCUCUUUGUCCACUGGGAUCAACCCAAAUAAACCGGCAGCUGCUGUCUCAGCACCCACGAUGCACUGGGUGAGCCCCUGGAGAACCACAGCUGUGGAUGAGGACAGCAAAGACAGAGACUCAGACCUAGACUCUGAAGUGGAGACAGAUUCCUUAGUUCGGGAGUGGGACUCACAGCCAAAGUCACUGCGGGUCGACUUCACUGCAGAUGAGACAGACUGGGAAACCGGGUCUGACUCCGAUGUCGAUAUUUACAUGGGAGAGGAUGAAUUCAUUCAGGAGAAGUGGCUGAAAACUAACAAGGACUAUGAGGGAGACUGGGAGGAGGAGGGACACGAGGAGGAGGAAGAGGAGGGGAAAGAAGAGUGGGACUCCUCUGGGUCCACAGAGCAUCUCCGGGCUCUCAGAGGCCUUUUCCCUUUGCUGCAAAAAGGCCGACAGAGCAACGACAGUUCAUGGGGCUCAGAACCAGAGCUGGAGCUCCUCAGAGACGAUGUAGCUGUAGGCACUGUGAUCCAGACCCCAUCCCCUGAACCUCGAGAUGACCCCCCGUCCUGUUUCAGCUGCUCGGACACAUCGCAGAUAGAUGCCUCAGAGAAGGACUCUGACCAUUCAUCUGAUGACCUGAGCUCCGGAGUCUUUUCCUCCUGCAACAGUGAGACAGACGGACACCUGGAGUGGUUGGCCUCAGCCAAUCAGCCCUCCUCAUACUGCUUUGAAGGUGUUGACAUCUGGAUAGAGAACGUUCAGGGCGAGUGUCUGAGGAUCCGCGAACGCCGGCAGGUCAAAGUGGGUCAUGUUGCCAUAGGAAUCAGUGAUCAGAUCUCGGGGAAGGCCUUCACUUUGGAGACCCUGGACAGGAAGAUGGUUUCCUUUGAACAGGAAAUCAGUGAGUCUUGUGUGUGGCUUCGCUGUGUCCCUGCUCCUGACACCUGUCAGCGCUGGACGUGGAGAGUCAGAGACGGCAAGCUGGAACUUCAGGAAUGAAACAGACAAUUUUGUUAUAUUUUUGUAUUUUUUGCACUAACUUGGGUUUGUUCUUAAAUCAUGUGGACUGAAAACAGACAUGUAGAUGGACACGACUGAAUUUCCUGGGUAAAAGCUGGAAAACCGCUGCUUUCAGUGAAUUUUUUUAUCUAUAGAUAUUUUAGUAUGUUAUUUCAGAGAUGGAUUUCUCAGAAUCUGCUCAAGUAUGUGCGUGCAGACAAGAAACCUGACUCUGGUUUCUAACAGGUCUAAAUACACUUACAGUCAGCUCCAAGAACUAUUUUCAGGAGGCUACACAAAGGGUUAGGGGUUAGGGUUGGACCAAAAUCUAAUCUAAACUGAUUGUUAACCUUUACAACUACAGACCUGAUCAUUGUGAAACCACUUUUAUUGAUUUAUUAUCACGUAUAAUUACAGGUGAGUCACUAACUUUUGCAGGUCUUUUCUGGGAGGUAGGUGGUCAAACAGUCCUUUGGAGAGGUCACCCUGAAGAAUUAAGGAGCUAAAAAGACAAGUGAUGUGUUCAGCCAGAGGAGGAUUUGUUGUUCUUAUUAAUGACUGAUAAUUUGUAUUAUAGAGGGCUAUGUAAACGCCCUGCAAUACAUAUUGAAUGGGUAAUGUAAUAGAUUACUUCGUACACAUACAGUGGAUGGUUAUGUGCAGUUUAUGAAUGUAUAUGCACCUAUAUGCAGUAUAAACAGCACUCUAUUUGUAAAGCUGAUUUUCCUGUUAUUAGUUAUCCAGUUACUUUUUUAAAACUUUUUAUGUCCAAAUGGAAAAAAAAGAUCCAGUUCUCAGAUCACAGUGUCUCCUUUGUUCCUCUGAACAUUAGUUUUUCGUGUCACCUGAUGUUUUUGUAGGGUUUAGAAUGAGUGAAGCUUCUUAGAACAGUGAAUGAUUGUUGAAUAAUUGUCAUGAUACCACAUGAGCCCUCAAGACUGUAAUAC